AUGUCGUCUAAUAAAGCAAUCAUCGUACAGAAACUCGGACUUGCUCAAGUAGUGGACGCGCCUUUGCCAAAACUCCGGGAUAACUACAUUCUGAUCGAAGUUCGUGCCAUUGCACUCAACCCAGCCGACUGGAAGCAUAUCGAUUAUCUGUCCCUGCCUGGAAAUUGGUGUGGUUUAGACUAUGCAGGUGUUGUAUUAGAGGUUGGGAGUGCUGUUACUAAGCCUUUCAAGAAAGGAGAUAGGAUUUGUGGUGCCUGCCAUGGUGGUAAUACACUCUACCUCGAAGACGGAUCGUUCGCCAAAUAUAUCACCGCAAUAGGCGAUUGCCAGAUACACAUCCCCUCAAACCUGUCAUUUGAACAAGCCUCAACUCUCGGUGUGGGUAUGAUAACCAUCAGCCAAGCUCUCUACAAAUGGCUCCAACUACCUCUCCCUCCCGCUAUCGUGUCCCCGAGCUUUCCGGUCCUCAUCUACGGAGGUGCUUCCGCAACUGGCGUUCUGGCCAUCCAGUACGCGAAACUGAGCGGGUGCAAACCAAUCAUCGCCACUGCAUCACCCUCCAACUUUGAGUUCCUAAAAGAACUAGGCGCGGAUUAUGUUUUCGACUACCAUAACGCCGAAGCUUGCGUCCAGGAAAUCCGAGAAGUAGCAGGCGAUUCCCUUACUCGUGUUCUUGAUUGCAUCGGAGUAGAAAUAAUCUGCUUCCCCGCUAUGAGUACUUCCAUCGACGGUGUGUACUGCACGGUGAGUGAUCGUCCACCGGGAGAGAUCACAAAUAAUAAGAUCAGACGCGAGAGGGUAGAGGGGUAUACUGCUUGCGGAGAGCCUUUUGAGAUGAUGGGGCACCGGAUUGAGAUUAAUGUGCAUGAUUAUGAGUUGGGGAAAGCGUUUAAUGAGAUCAACAAGAAGCUGGUUGAAGACGGGAAGAUCAAAACGCACAAGAUAAGUAUAAAUGAGGGUGGUAUUGGAUUAGAAGGGGCUUUGGUAGGAAUGCAAUUGAUGAGGGAAGGCAAAGUUAGUGGAAGAAAACUGGUGUAUACGAUUGAUUGA